GGAAGCGAGGACGUCGAUUACGACGACGAUGAUCAAUGGGACUGGGGCGACCCGCCCAGGGGGUCGAUAUCUGUGGAGCUCCCACCCUGGACACGCGAGCACAACGCUGAUCCGACUGGGAGAGCGAGAACGGCAAGCGGCGGUGGGCAUGGCCUCGGUGAAAAGGCCGAGCGUGCCAGUGCCCGCAAGGCCUUCGCCGCUGGGGAGCCGCGCCGCGUGGCCGAGGUUGGCCCAGCCCGGCGGGACGUGGCGGGUGGCAGCAGCGUCAGGAGAAGGAGGGCAGCAGUGGUGGGAGCUGAGGGCAGGCUGCUCUCGCUGGAGGACACAAGGGCAGCUGCCAUGGCCGGAAACCAGGAGCUCGUGCGUCGACGUGAACGCAGUGCUUUCCUCCGGCUGGUCCCUGCUGAUGUACGCGGCCGUGUGUGCCAACCCGGCCCUGGUGAAAGUCCUGCUGGCUCGUGGCGCCAGCGCUCACUUCGCCACCGAAGGUGGCUACACGGUGCUGAUGGCCGCGUGCGCACCUUCUCACCGGCCGGCGGGAGACGCGGUGGCGUGCGCCGCCCAGCUCCUCCAGCACGCGCUCGACACCAACGUCACCGACAGGAUGGGGAUGAGCGCCGUGAUGUACGCUGCCCGCGACGGUUACCAGGACUCGGUGGCCUUGCUGGGGCAGCACAGUGCAGACGUCAACUUGCAGGACCAGCACGGAUGGACCGUAAGCAUGCGCUGCACUGGGCCGCGAAGCAGAGGCCACGAGGCGUGCCGGAGACGGCUGGAGGAGCUCGGCGCCGACACCGCCAUCAAGACCAACGGCGGCUUCUCCGCCGAAGAGCUGGCACUCCAGUUCAGCAAGGUGCAGAUCGUGCUCGAGUCUUACAAGGAGUCGGGGGCGUGCAAGUUCAUGGCGUCUACCAACAAAAUCAGCGCUGUCAGCACCAAGGCUUUGGAAUUGAAAAUCAGAAACAAGCUCAUGCUUGACGAUCUGAAGCAGUUCUUAUUUGGGCUCGACCUUGGACACCUCGUCCCGCUGUUCCAGGCCCAGGAAGUUACGCUGAGAAACCUCCUCACCAUGUCUGACCAGGAGCUCUCCGCGUUGGGUGCGAUGCAGACGGGAGAGCAGAGGAAGAUUCUCGCGGCUUCGCAUAAGCUGCACAUGAGCAGGUGGGAGUCGGGGAGCAUCCCUGACAUCACCAAGCUGCCGGUCAGCUUCGAAGGGACUAUGACCUUGCUGGUGAACAUGGAGUUGCAAUGCAACUACAUGCAGAGCAGUCUGGAGUACCUUUGCAAGCACAGCGUGGGUGACCUCACCUUGCUCAAACCUGUCAAGGUGGAUGUUGAGUACAAUUCCACGCAGCUGCUGCUCGACCAGAUGGAGCGUGGAAUGAGCGCCGCCCAGGCCCUGCACCGGCAAGCGGCCACGCUGCUCAGCUCCGUGCGGGAGUGCCGCACCGAUUCGCCGACGCCUGCCGAUUUCAUCGCCUCGAAACGGAAGCGCCGCUUGGUGUCGCCAGGGGGAGCCGCGGCGCUGCUGAUGAUCCUCGCCGGAGCCGCCGGAGCCGCCGUGCUCUUCGCCUGGAAGCGCGGCUCUGCCGUCUCGGGCGUCUCCGUGCCAGCGGCUCGCGUCUGACGACGGGAG